AUGGCGCAGACGAACAGGAAGAUGCCGCCAGCGAACGUGCUGGCGACCAACAUCAGCAUCCUGCGCUGGUCGGGCCUGUGGCCGCCAGAGCGGCAGACGGGCUGGGCGCGCCUGUUCACCGCCUACACGGCCGUCGCCUUCCUCAGCCAGGUGGUCGCCAUCGACAUGACGCUGUACCACAUCUACAACUCGGAGGGCGACAUCUACGAGAUCACGCUCACCAUGAUGGUCACCAUGACCCUCGUCGGCGGCGUCCUCAAGAUGCUGCACUUCUUCGCCAACGCGGACACCUACAGUCGCCUGGUGCGCGACCUGCAAGAGGUCAUCGACCUGCAGAGGGGCAACUGCGAGCGGGACGACGCCGUGUCCGCCAUCUUCUGCUCUUACCACCGCCAGGCCAUCCUCUUCACCUGCGGCUCCCUCGGAUACCUCAACGUCCUGGCACCCACCUGGUUCUUGAUGCCCGUUAUCACUGGGGUUGCGACCGACCCCAAUGACAGGAAGCUGCCCUUCUCCCAGUUGAAGGGUCUCCGCUCCGACGAUCUGAUCGGAUACUCGGCAGCCUAUUUUGUGCAGUGUCACGCCAUCUUCUACUGGAAUUUCAUCAGCGUCGGCCUAGACGUGUUCUUCGCCACUGCCAUGCUCCACGCCGCCGCCCAGCUGAAGAUACUGAGCCACCGUCUGUCCAGACUCGGAAAACAGACGACUCGUUAUGAAGAGCAACCGCCGUACUGGAAUACCCUCCAGGGAGAUACAGCACCUGUUAGGCAGAUAAUUACAUAUGAGGAAGAGAACGAUUUGUACUUGCAGCUGCGGAACUGUAUAAAAAAUCACCAGGAGAUUUUGCGGCUGGUGCUGUUCCUGGAGACGGUGAUGGGCCCCGUGGCGUUCAUCCAGUUCCUCUGCAGCGUCGUCGCGGCGUGCGUGGCGCUCUUCCAGGCCACCUUUAAUGCUGAAGGAAAUGGUGUGCUGAAAUGUACAAUGUACCUGCCGACACCUGCGUUCCAGAUUUUCAUCUACUGCUGGUGCGGACACGAGAUAAUGGAGGAGGGCCUGUAUGUUUCGCGGGCGGCCUACAGCAGUGGCUGGGUAGGCGCAAGUCAGCGCUUUACCAGAGCCCUGCGGAUCGUGAUGUGCAGGGCGCAGCGACCGCUGCUGCUGACCGCCGGCAAACUCUACCCUGUCAACAGGCUCACCUUUGUCUCGCUGAUAAACGCCUCCUACACGUUCUACGCGUUGCUGAGGCAGAUGAGGGACCGCUAGCGGCGUCUUCAGAGGCUUCCUCGACGAC